AUGGUUUCUUUUGAAUACUGCCAAAGUAAUGCUGAUCACACCUUGUUUAUAAAACGGUAUAAGGGUAAGAUCACUGUGCUUAUUGUCUAUGUGGAUGAUAUUAUGGUAACUGCUGAUGAUAGGGAAGAAAUGGUUCAUCUAAAGGAGCAACUAGCACAGGAGUUUGAAAUCAAAGAUUUGGGAAGGCUAAAGUACUUUCUUGGAAUAGAGGUUGUCAGAUCAGACAAAGGAAUCUUUAUUUCUCAAAGGAAGUACAUACUAGAUCUAUUAGAGGAAACAAGAACGCUAGGUUGUAAAUCAGCAGAGUCUCCCAUUAAGGAAAAUCACAAAUUGCAAGAUAGAGUUGGGGAAUCCAUGGAUAUUGGGAGAUAUCAGAGGUUGGUUGGCAGACUAAUUUACCUUUCGCAAACCAGACUAGAUAUAACAUAUGCAGUGGGUCUAGUGAGUCAGUAUAUGCAUGAUCCUUGUGAACCUCAUUUGGAGGCUAUUUUUCCCAUCCUGCAAUACUUAGAAUCUACACCAGGGAAAGGACUUCUUUUCUCAAAGCAUGGCCAUCUUCAGAUUAAGGCCUUUACAGAUGCAGAUAGGGGUGGAUCUGUUGACGAUAGGAGAUCGACAUCUGAUUACUGUACUUUUAUUGGUGGUAAUUUAGUCACUUGGAGAAGCAAGAAGCAAAAUGUGACACCUAGAUUCAGUGCAGAGGCUGAGUUUCGAGCAAUGGCUCAAGGCUACGACCCGGAAUAA